AUGGCUUUCCACAACCUACCGCAUUUGAGGCCCAUUGUAUUGUUCGUUUUCGGUGCUCUUAAUAUCAAGCAGGAUGUCGAGGGCAAAUUGACGGCAACAGAAGCUGGGAUUGGAGGUUUACGUGGCGUCGCAAAUGGUAGAGUCAAGCAGGUCCAGCUGAAGGCUAGACAUCUUCUGCCUUUCAAGAUAAUGGAGCAGGCUACUGAAGUAGCCAGCGAGUGGAUUAUUCAGCAGGACUGGGAAGUGCUGCUGAAAGGGCCAUCUGUCUCCUUUUUCCUGGGCAUUCUCUUCUCCUUAUUCCCCUACGACUACCCUCUCUUGUGGUCGUCGCUCCCAACCCCGUCGUCCCAUUUCGACGCGAUUGAGACGCAUUUGAAACUGUUGCACAAUGCGCCGAACCUGAUCCAACGGAUUCUCCACAUCAUGCUUAGCAUGGGCAUUCUCGGCUUGCUUAUCAAGCUGUACAAACCUAGCGAGUCAAACAUGCUCUUCGACGGCGGUAGUCUGGUGCUCUACAUGGUUGCUGUGAUUGUCUACAUUGCCAACAUCGUCAAAGGCUUGCGGAUUGUUAGCGAAGGAACGUACGGAUUGAUCAACAUGCACGAGUUGACGCAGGAUCAACGUGAUAAUGUCGAUGCCUCGGGCUACGACGUUGAUACCGGAGAUAGUGUGCUCGGUCGUGAGGAUAACUUGAAGGUUUUAGCCGCCAGCAACACCAUCCUGGCUUUGGUCCUGGUGGGGGUCUUGGUGUUGCAGGUCGGCCAAUGGUAUGCGGAGCGCACUGACGAACGUGUCCUGAGGGAAUUCGAGGCCAAGGAGAAAGCAGAGCGCGAGAAGGAGAGCGAAGGUCCCAAUCCCGGCGUAAAGAGACAGAGCAGUGGCAGAGAAAGCAAGAAGGCGAAAUGA